AUGUUGUACGAACAAGACUUAGUCUCUCCAGAGUGGACCUGGGACCUCUCCUCCGACAGUGCUGAUGAUUGCUCGCCGUCCUGGAUCCUUCAAAGCCUCGAUGACUCUUCCUCCACCAGCUUUCAGGACUCCUUCUUCUGCCUUCCCCUCUCUCAUCCCUCUCUGCAGCCAAUCGAAGAGCUGGAAGAUCACUGCAACACGCACAUGGCUCCUCUCGAUGUUUACCCAUCCAUACAACAACACGACGUCCAUGUCAAUGGUCUCCUCUCCGACACGCAUGGCAAGUUCUCAAGUUCUGAAAGCAUCUGCAGCAGACAACGUGCUGAACAACAUGCCCACAAGUCAGCUCCCGUUUUGCCAUCCUCUCAUCGCAAUGCACCGAGGUACAAACAGCCUGUACUGGGCAUUGUUCGUGUCCAGUCACGGCAGUCCUUCUUCCAAUCCGACAAGCCCGUCGAGAUCACCCUCGAGCGCCUCGCUGAACACUUCCACGAGAGCCUCGAGGUUGCGGCAGCCAAGAUCGGCAUCGGCAAGUCGACGAUGAAGCUGGUGUGCAGGCAGCUGGGAGUGCAGAAGUGGCCGUACAAGCACAAUGGAGGGAGGAAAGGAAAGAUCAUCAAAGCUGUCUGCAGUCAGCAUGUUGUUGAUCUUGAGGGACAGGGAAAAGGUAGUGAAGUCGUUUGA